AUGCACGAUCCGUUGGCGCCGCGAAAAUCGACGUCAAUGCGUUCGAUGCCUCAAAUGCCACGAAGUGCACCGAUGCCGUUCACCGCUUGGCGCGAUCGGGAGCAAAGAAGUUGCCACCCGAGCUACGCCAAGCCUUGGAGCAACAGAUGCCACGGGUUGGUGCGCCACAACUUGCCCGCUUGGGCUUUGGGACGGAUUGGAGAUGAAGAUGCCCAACAGUUGUUGAACCGCCUUGUCGAACGCCUACACAAAGCAGGCAUUGCGCACCCUGCGGCAGUGGCAUCAACAACUUGGGCGAUGGCAAGACAUCGAUUGCAGCUGCCUCAAGGUUUCGUGGAAAUCCUUCGGCAGCGAGAAGUCUUGGUCAAAAUGGAACCGCAGGACGCUUCGUUGACGCUGUGGGCUUUGGCCAAGCUGCGAUCGCAACUGGGUCAACUGCCGAAACUCGGGAAGACCCGAUGGUCGACGCGCGAUGCCUCAACGGCCAUGUGGGCCUGUGCCACGAUGCAAACAAAACCAACCAGGUCGACCUUGGACAUUUGGUGCAAUACAUUGCUGGAGAAGAUGCACCUUUGCACUCAACAGGAUAUCUCCAAUAUGCUUUGGGCCUUGGCCACACUCAGCAUUUCUACGCCCUUGACUGAAAGAUGCAUCGAUGCCGCUCCACUUCAAAAUUUACAUGGCCAGGCCGCCGCCAAUGCCAUGUGGGCUUUGGUGCAGCUUCAACGACCCCAGCGUCUUUCAGAACUCACUUCAAGAAAUAUUGGACAACUGCAGCCACAGGAGUGGGCCAACUGUGUUUGGGCUCUGGCCACAGCUGGUCUUCAUGACGAAGAAUUUUUCAGGAAAACCAAGGAGCAGUUGAGUUCAGCUGACGCCAUGAAGGCUUUGGCAUCUUGUAGCCCAAACGGUACUCUGCUGAGCAAUGUGGCCUGGGCCUACGCCUUCGCAACGACCCUGUUGGGCAGGCUUGAGAAGGAUGAGGACUUUCUGGAUGCUGUGCGGGCACAGCUUCGCGCACUGGGCCAAGAGCAAGAUGGGAAGGUAAGUAUGAGGAGACCUGCAGCAGCUACACUGAACAAGGAACUUGUGCACGUUUGUCAAGCAACAGAACCUCGAAUUGUUCAGCGGAUCUCAGGCUUGACAGUGAUCUACAAGCCACCUGGAUGGGAGGUGGAUGGUCACGAGACGGAACCAGACUCUCAUGCCUUGAGGCUUUCCGACUUUGUCAAAGACACCUUGGAUUCACGGACGGUGCAUGAGGGUGAUCGUGGCUUCUUGCAUCGCUUGGACGUGCAGAGCAGUGGAUUGGUGAUUCAUGCGGAAACCUACCAGGCCCUGAUGGAUUUACGGUGGCAGCAGGACACCUUUCAGGUGGUCCGGGAAUAUCUGGUUUUGGCCCAUGAGCAUUGGGAACAUCGGGAACCUUGGCCGUCGACUUCGAUGGAUGCUCCGGAUGAUGUGUUUGUCUUGAACGACCGAUUGGAGGAAGUCGCAGGUGGCUGCCGUAAAACUGGCUUUGGUCGACCCUCGAGGUCAUUGCUUCGACCCUUGGCGCACUUGCGGCACUUGCGUUCAGGAUCGAAUGGAUCGAAUGGAUCGAGAGAUUUCACCCUGCUGCUGAUUCGAAUUGUGACAGGUCGAAGACAUCAGAUCCGAGUACAGUUGGCAAGCCGAGGGCAUCCUGUUGUGGGGGAUGGACGCUAUGGAUAUGGCUCCGAUUUCACAUUUUGUCCAAGAUUGUUCCUGCACCGGCACCGCCUUUCCUUCCAUUGUGGUGAGCCUGUAUCAGUUACUGAGCAACUCCCAGAAGAUCUUCGACAUGUGCUGGACGGUAUGGAGCUGAUGGAGCCGAUGGAACGAUCAAGAGCUCCGCAUCGAAACGAGAUCGCAGACAUUGCAUCCGCCCUACCUUCGCUGUACGGUGAAGCUCUUGUCGCCGGCGAAAAAUGA